CUUUAAUCUUGCGUUUCCUCCUCCUCUCACGCUUCCUUUGUCCCCUUCGGCGGCUGCCUCCGCCUGCUCGUCGUCAUAACGGCGGGUUUCGCCAGAUUCUUGGUGGUCACGCGCCCUCUUCUUCUUACCCUUUUGCACCAGUUGAUCUCUUCUAUUUCCCCUUUUUUGUCCCUCGAUUACUUUUGCGUGCCGAGACGUCGUCGUCUUGCUGACGAGGUGUCAUAUUAACAUGUCGAGCCACGUCCGGGCCGCAGAUGCGACAAUUGGCGCGGGGAGGAAGCGGAAGGACCGUGACCAGUCCGACUUCCCUCGCGCCGAAUCUCCUGCUUGGUCCGAUCGUUCUCGGCCGGCGCCGGCUCGCGACAACCGGCUCCUUGCUGGGUGCCUGGCGCACGAGUUUCUCACGAGGGGGACCCUCUUGGGGAAGCGGUGGGAGGCGAACGGGUCCGAGCCCAAUAACAAAUUCGCGGGCCCGAUUCUGUCGGGUUCGGGCGCGGAGCCGCCGAGCUCGUACGCCGAGUUGUCCUAUUUGCUGAAAGCGGAGGGGGCUCGCUUUCCUGGCGUGGUCAAUCCGUCCCAACUCGCUCGUUGGAUUCGGAUGUGA